AUGGGACCUAAAAAAGUCAAAGAAAUGUUCAAUGAAAAUUCCUGGCGUACGUCAAUAGAAGAAGCUCCCCUAGACAGUGAUACUUGGAAAGUUAAAGUAAUUGUUAUAGAAGCUGCUGGUAGUGACCAGGAUAGAAUUUAUUUGAAUAAAUUUGAAAUAUUUGCAGCUGAAGAAAAAAGAUUUGUUAUUAAAAAUAUUUGUAAAACUGAAACUACUUUCAUGGUUAAUCAGUUAGGAGGAGAAAAGAAAGUGAAAGAUGAUAAUUUAAGAGUUUUUGAGGAGGGACAGUCAUUCCUUAAGGAUAAAAAGGAUAUACCUCCGGAUAUUCAAGCACUGAUUAUUAAACAUCUUAUAUUAAAGAUGAAAGACGAAUAUUUAUUCAUUAAACGCCAGAGGUUAGAAGUUAAAGAAGGAAUGAAAAGAGAAUCGUCAACUAUGAUUGAUAAAACCGAAGUAAGAGGCACUAUUAGUGAAAAACCCUCGCAACCUAUAGAUCUUCCACCCCCUCCAAAGGGAAAAGAAAAGAAAGGAGAACGUGAACCCAGUGACCAAACACCGGAACCAACUGAGGGGAAAAAAUAUAAUACUUUGCUAAGGGUAAGAGGUGAAGAAUGGCGGGAUAAAGUUUAUGUUGAUGACUAUCCCACUGAUGGCCCAAACCUUUAUGUUGCUGUUACGGGGUUUGUUGACCCGUAUUUACCAAGUUGUCUCAUAAAAAUUGGAAUACCCUUGACGGCCAUAGUCCAGAUUAGAAUUGACCCUACUGUAGCCAAAGUUCCUUCAAGCUUGUUUCGUUCUACGAAAAGAGGUCAAAGUCAAACUGAAAUAUUGACAGAGAAGUCAUUAAAUUUUUGGGAGGAUUUGCAGCAACUGCGCAUUAAUAUAAGUUCUGCAAAUGACUUUAAAAAUACCGCUUUUAUUGUAUUCACUCCUCCAUAUUGGAAUACUGAAAAUCUCUCUGGCAACCCUGAUAAAAUAUAUGAUGAAUUAUGUUAUCUAAUGUACGACAUUCAGGAUUUGUCAAGACAACAUAUUAAUUAUUUACAAAAUAUGGAUGUUAUAAAUAUACCCAAAGACAAAGAGGACGAGCGUUAUAAAAAAUGUUAUCAGCACCUUAUUAAUGACUUGCCUUUAGAAUCUAUUACUAUAUAUUCUGUAUUAGACAGUAUACUUCAAUCAGUAUCUAAAUACCAAGAACUUAUUGAGAAAAGCAGCAAAAGUUCUUUAUCUACUGCUUUGACAUUAAAUGAUGUGAAUACUAGUAAUAAAAGAGCAGAAAAAGCAGAAAUACUAGUGAAAGAUGUUUUUAAUAAUCUUUGUAAAACUGAAUCUGAUAAAAAAUCUUAUCGCAUUACCUACGGAGAAGAAUAUGAGAAUCAUAGAGAUCCUAUAAUUAUUAAUUAUGGCGAUUUCGCCAAGGAAACUACUUUUCACUUGGGAAACAUUAACUUGGACAAUAUAAUAUGGUCAUCUUUAUUUGGUAUGCCCAUCAACAAUUUAUGGAAAAAUCAAUAUGCACCGCAAGGUGAGAUAGAAGCUAAAAUAAGUUUUCAUAUAAAUGUGUUAUUAUCUUGCUUUGAUAGGGUGGAUCUGGAAACCGCCGAAUUAAACAGACUAAUUCAUAUAUUGUCUUGUAGAAAAUUGUAUAAUAAUAGAAGUUCAUUAAAAAAGCGCCACUUGCCUUCUUCGACUAUUUCUGAUUUUAAAAAAGUUUAUUUAAAACGCAGUGUUUUUGCUACACCUUUGUCAAAAAGGCAUUCAACUCUUCAGAACUCCAGCACUACUACAGCACCAUCUUUUCCUUCUAUAACUAAAAAUGAAAAUAUUUUAAGUGUACCUUACCCUUACGAAUCAGAAAUACGACGUAUUAAACGUCUGUUUGACUGCCCUGAUCUUAGUGAAUUAGUUUCUGCUGCAGAAAUUGCUAAUAAUAAACCAUUUAAUCAUAUUAUUGAUGAUUAUGAAUUUUUUGAAGACUUCUCUGGAAUAAAUGCUUUUCAAAUAAUGCUAGAUGCUUUUAAUAAAUACAAUUGUGUUGAUUAUAAAUAUUGUGAAUUAACAGACUCUAUUGUAUUAAUGUUCUAUAACAGUCACGAUAAAGAUAGUAUUGCGCGUGAGGAAUGGCGUAGUCAUUUGCCAACGCCGCUGUGCUUACAGGAUUUCUUCGAUUUUGUGCUUGAAGAACACUAUGAUUGGAUACAAAAAGAAGAACAACUUUAUGAUGAACAUAUGGUAUUGAAAACUCAAUCUAUUUAUAAAGAUUUAAUUAAUCCAUUUUCUUUUAAAUCGUGCGUAGCUGAUAACGAAGUAGAAAUGGAACUUUUAAUAGAAGGGUCUUUGAAAUAUCAGGAUGUUUCCCAAAUUGAACUUACUCCGGAGUCCACCGAAACCAAGUUUACUAGUUCCAAAAAGACUACUACUAUAUCUCCAUCAUCUACACAACCGGAUUCCAAAAGUAGUAGAAAAACAAAGUCAUCCAGUCCAUCUACAGCGAAGCAUUUACGGCAGUCAUUUUUAACAUGUCUAACCGAUUCUGCAGAUUCUACUGAAAUACCUAAAAAAUCAUUUACUGGAUACAAUUUAGGCGAAAGGAGAGUAGAGGUUGUAGGUAGAGAUUCGACUUUCUUUUCAAAAGAUGGUACUCGUGUUUCUAGUUAUUAUACUCUAAUAAUACCGAGUAAUUCAGAAUACAUAAUUUUAAAAUUAAUUCCUGGCAAUGGUAAAAAUGAAUUUUGGUUUCAUAGGGCAAUAGGAGAGUAUGUUACUCCAGAAAUUCGUGAUAUUUGUGAAUCAUUUAGAAUAACAAGUAAGGAUAAAGUUAUGAUAAAUAUAACAAAACAGUCAUAUCAAGUACCAUUACCUACACUUUCUAUAUCCACCACAGAAACUCCUAAAUAUAAGGAACGGACAUUAAAGGUUACAUCAGAUAAAUUAAAUACUUUAAGGCCAAUAUACGAAACAAGAUGUUUUCAUUCCUUUUACUUUACUUUGCCAAAUGGGCUUAUUACAGAAAGUAUAUAUGAAAAAAAUUCUCUUCUUCUUUCUCACAUUAAGCAAUAUUACGUAAUCUCUUUGCCCCAUAUCGAUGAAAACAUGCGAUGUAUAAGUUUAAACGGCGAAGUAAUAAUUUUUAGGAAAUCAGGGGAAAUUGAAGUGCUUCGUCCUGAUAGUUCUUAUAUUAAAAUCACGAAAUACGAAUCCAAGAUUGUUACAACUGAUGUUAUUAACGAUAUUCAUAGUGAAACUAGUUCCGAUAAAAGUAAAAAAGGAAAAAGUAAAGAUAAAACUAAAGAAAAACCUAGUAAAACUUCCUCAAAAGCUUCAAGAAAUGAUUUAUCUGAUGACGAUAAAAUUUCGGAAAUAAGGUCACCUGAAAUUGAGUUAAAUAUUGAGGAAUUUGAAUAUAUUUCUGCAAAUGGACUAAGGCAAAAAUGGAUUAAUGGUGUUGCAUUUGAUACUGAAUGGUUACUAAUCCGCACUGCUACAGAUUAUUGCUUAAGGGAGAUAUUCUCCAGACGAAUGGAUGGUACCAAUAUUUUACUUAACAAGGACGGGGUGCAGGUUGUAACUUUUCCUAAUAAUACAAGAAUUAUAACAACAUAUAUUGUCGAAGAUGAAGAGAUUUAUCCUGAAUGGACAAAAGAAGAAAUGGAAUAUUUUGAUUUAUUUGAUAUUGAUACAAUUGAAACCGAUACAAUAAAGUCGAAAAUGUCAAUAUCACAGAAAAGCUAUUUAGGUAACUACAAUUAUAAUUCAAGCGUUGCUAGUUCUAUGUCAAGAAAAGUGGAAGAAGAGGAUAUAAAUGAGAAUGGACGAUCAGAUGGAUAUAUAUCUGUCCAUAUUAUUAUUACAAUCGAGCACACUAAUUUUACUACUGUGACUAUAAAUAAAGAAAAUAAUAAAGUUUCUGUUUAUUCCCCUGAUGGUACAAAAGUAGCUGUAGAUACUCUUAAUCAUUAUGACAUGUCAUUAGACAAAGCAACUUCUGCUAAAUUUGAUGGACAUAAUUUAAGUGUAAAUUAUGAAGCAUGUAACGAAUGUCAAUCAAAUACAACCUGCACAAUUAAAGUGAAUUCUUAUGAUAAGAGUAGUGUUACAAAAAUUCAUCAAAAUUGGCUAAAAAUGACAGACUCUUUUUUAAAAAAAAUUGUAGUUAAUGAAGAAGGAAAUAUAAAUAUUAUUGACGAAUCAUGUUCUAAAGAACUGUUGAAAACGGAGGAAGUAGCAAUUGAUGAUGACAUAGUGGGCCAAACUGAAUAUGUUUGUGACAAAUCUACCGAUUUAAAGUCUGAAACUUCUGUUGCAUCGCAUGCAAAAUGUCGAGAAAUGUACAUAGCCAAAACAAUGAAAUUUUUUAUUCUUCAGCGGGAUCUAUCGUGUUCUGAAUUAGUACAUAGAGCUUUAUUGGACGAGUACAAGCAAUCUUGUCGAUGGCAGCCGUGGUGUUCCAUUAAUCAAUAUGAUACGUUUGGUGACCAUCGAAGGCUGCUUACUAUUUUGACACCGGUUCAUGUAACGGAAACUGAGAAAUGGUUAAUGGACUCGAAAUUUGCCGAUAAGCCGAAAUACCUAAUAUACAAGGACUUAAGAAAAGACACCGGAAAGGAUUUCUACCAUUGGAUGCGCCCAUAUGAAAGAUGCCAACCAAAACCUAAGAAACCGGAUAACGUGAUACCAUCGAGGUUACCUAAAGCGUUUGUGUUAAGGACUCUCGAACAGCAAUGGAGAGAAGAGGAGAGAGAAAAUUUAAAGGGUGCAAAGGAAUUACUGCACGCGAUACUGCGAUAUCGUCAUCUCAUAGAGUCUGAUAGCGAGACUAUACUUAAUAUCCCUAUACUAGACCCACGACCUGAGGACGAACGUCGUACGGACUAUAUCGUACAAGCUCUGGCGCACAGAAUAUAUGAAGAUUUAAAAACACGUUUGGCAAAAGAUGUUCAGAGCCGAGCUAAAGCUGAUAUUACGACGAAUCCGUCCGCGGCGAUUAAUCAAAUUUCAAUCCAAGGAGAUUUGGAAGAAGAAAGCACGGAAGAACUGAAGAGUUCAGAGGAAGAACGUGAAAAUAUGAUGCGAGAGAUAGAAAAAGCAGAAGAAAUGAGUCCCAAACUGAAGAGAUAUUGGCGUCGCCGUGCCGAAGAGUACAGAGACGAACAGUUCUACCAGUACCUCCUACGUGAAGGUAAUGUGCCUCCGUACUUUCGAAAUAUCCUGGGAGGUGCGAUUUGGUGGGAGAUGAACAAUGCCGCAAACGAUGCAAUGGCCCACGCCGAGCGACAAAAGUUGAAAUGUAUUUGUGCAUCAAACGAAGGCACCUCAAAAGCUGAUGAGUCAACUUCAUAGUAAUUUCUAUAGAGCUAUAUUCUGUUUAUUUUCAACGCGUGCAGUAUCUAUACAAAAC